AUGGCGGCUUAUUCGAGUGGUGGAGCUACAGCUCCUCGCGAGGCUGGCGGCCCUGACAAGCAGAGAUUGGCGGACUCCUUCGCUGAGGGCACGUCUUUGUCUCUCUUUGUUGAUGUGGAAAGGGUUAACUCCAACAGACUCUUAUCUUUCUGA